CUUGAAAGUGCGGUUUUCCCGUGCGAGACGACUCUGCGUAUCCCUCUCACAAUCAAUCGCCCACACCGCUGCCCAAGAUGAAGUACAUCUUCUCGCAAGAGCAGCUGGUCAUCCCAGAGGGUGUCAGCAUCCACAUCCGCUCACGAAUCGUCACGGUCGAAGGUCCUCGAGGCAAACUCACCAAAGAUCUCUCUCAUAUUGCCGUCACCUUCACGGUCGGAAAAAACAAGCAAGGGCAACAGCUCGUUCAGAUUGAAAUCCACCAUGGCCAAAGAAAGAACGUCGCCGCUCUCCGAACCGUCAAGUCGAUUAUCCAGAACUUGGUGAUCGGUGUGACCAAGGGAUACAAGUACAAGAUGCGAUACGUCUAUGCCCACUUUCCCAUCAACGUCAACAUUGAGAAGAAUCCCGAGGGCUUGUUUCACUUGGAAAUCAGAAACUUCUUGGGCGAGAAGAUCGUCCGACACGUUACCAUGCACGACGGCGUCACCGUGGAAGCCUCGAAGGGUGUCAAGGACCAGAUCGAAAUCACCGGCAAUAGCCUUGAGAACGUGUCACAAUCCGCCGCCGAUAUCCAACAGGCCUGCAGAGUGAGGAACAAGGAUAUCCGAAAGUUCUUGGACGGUCUGUACGUGAGCGAACGGGGCAACAUUCUUGAGGAGUAGAAGGCGGACUUAAUCACCUGCUGCAUUGAUAGCGUGCUUGUGGUUGUGGGUUGGUGCGGAGGGGUGGUGGUCGUGGUGGUCGCAUGGGAACAGGGCCGUGAAGCGCGGAAAGACAGCCUUCUCAAACGAAACGCAGCAUGCAUGAUGGACAAAAGGUGGAGGCGUCAUGAUCUUGCAAAAAUGUCCCGCUUGCACGCUCUCAGAAGAACAGUCGUCUUUGCAAGGGAAGUGCCGAAGAGCCCUAUGUCCUCUCUGCCCUCCGCGAGACGUUCAGGACCCGGCGAAAUGGUCUAGACGAAGAAAUCAAAACAAGUUUCAGAGUUCUGUGAUUUGAGCAAUCGAAGGAGAUCUCUUCUUUACAGUUACUUGUUUUCUAUUUGCGUGCUUGAACAUAUGGUGGGUACGGUCUGACAAUCUCUGCCUGUUCCUUGGACUGAGAAGGAACCUUGACUGGCACCAGCCUUGGUCAACGUUCUCCGAUGGCCUUAGCAACCGUCUUCAAAGAGUGUAGGAUCCAGGAGGAGGGAGUGUCUAUCACCGUGGUACAUACCCUCUGCACUGUAACUGCCCUGAUCGCCUGAGUUGCCGAGUCUCCUAUUCAAGCCAGCACAGCCAGUUUGUCCAUCAUUGACCAGCCAGGUAAGUCUGGCCUUCACGUGCCCAACUACGACUGUUUUGGAACAAUUUCUAGCCCAG